AUGGAUGACUUCUUGACACCAGUGAGUACCAUUCGAAUCACAGACAAGAAAGAAUCAGAAACACCACAAGGCCUCGCCAGCUCUCAACCCAAAUCUUCAACAGCAACAUCAGGCAAACCCGCCCCUGCUUCACCAGAAGAUGCUCUCGAACUCUUGAAACAACAACCUAGCUAUGACGAGCUCAUCGCCUCUCUACGAUUUCUCUCCAAGCAUCAGUCAGAAAAUGAUAUUCCCAGCAUCAAGCGUCCCAGUCCCAUCAGUGCACAACUUGUCCAGGUAUUGGUCUCGGAAAUCGUCACAAACCACUGGAUUCUACUCCAAGAAGAUGCUGGAGACAGCAAGAAUUCCGGGGUCAAGCUCCUGCUUUAUUGUCUUUCCAGUAUCACAGGCAUCAACGCGAUUCUAGUCCGUCUGCGGGCUUUGAUACAAGAAUACAAAGCCGAAAGUGAAGGACCUGGGAAGCUCAAAAGACCAGACAUUCAUCUCAACCUUGAAACUCUCUUGGACCUGUUGGGGGGCUUGCUGAAAGGAGACGGGUGGAUUCUCGAGGCUUGGCAGACUGCCAAAGGGUCAUCUGGCCCUGAUGCUGCCACUUCAGCGGUGCGAAUGAGGCCAAGAGCACAAGAGAUCCUGACCCUAUUUGGUGGUGGCAGGAUUGUCUCGCUUGCUGCUGAGGCUGAGAGUAUUGUCAAGGCGAACAAGGCCGCGAAAGAUGGGGACUAUGAGAUCUGGGUGGCAGAUGCACAGCAGUACACCGCAUGGUUGGGGAGAAAUAUUGUUACCUGGCAGUUAUCAAAUGGGGCCACUGAGAGUCCAAAGUUCGGUUCGGAUCUCUUUUCGAAGGGACUGAAAUUGGGUCAUGGUGACCCGUCCAAGUUCGGCAUGCUGCUGAGCAAUCUGCCGCCUACAGAGCAACGGAAGGUGUUGUUUUCCAUACUGAAGUUGUUCUCCUCAAAAUAUCUCGAUCGACUCGGGCACUGCGACUCUGAAGAAAGCAAGCCAAUAGUAUCUGCGGUUGCUGGCGCAAUCAAAUCGAUCAUCGGCGAAAGCACGAGUCUCAAGAAUUACUUGGUGGAAUGGCUCACCAGCUCAUCAGGGGCCGGUCUUGGCGAAGGGGUGGGCAUCAGGAGAACAGUACUAGCCGUCGUCUCUCAAAACCGGGAUGAUAUUGUUGCUGUACUGGAAAAGAGCUUGAGUCAGUUUGGAGAUCAGCUCUACAUCAAGCAUUCACCAAUGCUACAACAGGAAGCCCAUGCCGAAGUUCUAUUGCUGAGCGCCGGUUAUGUACAUCGAUUGUCACCUAUCAAGCUCACUUUGAUGAUGCGCACCAGUGUUUGGUUGAACGCCAUCUCCAACAGACUGACAGCACCUCACCAGAAAGCCCGCUUGUUGGGCAUGUGGAUAGGCGAGGCUCUCUCUAACCUGGUCGAUAAGGGCGACAAGCGGCUCAACUUCAACACGGAAGGAGAGUUCGAGGAGAUGGCCACAUGGUACAAGGGGUUGACACAGGUCUCGGAUGAGAUUGGGAGCAUGGAAUCUCUGUUUGAGUCGCCGCCGACAAUUCGUCCAAAGAGGAAAACAUCCCCAUCAAAAGCAGCAAAAACAGCACCAAGACCCCCUGGCCAGCAUCCACAGGCCGGCUUCAUCAUCGAAGAGCUUAGCGAUGAAGAAGGGCCGGAGGAGGAUGACCUUGUGCCAUACGCAAAGCCUGAGUCUGACGAAGAGGAUUCGGAUGAUGACCCGACGUUGAUCAGAAGGGACAAGCCAAAGGCCCCAGUGUACAUCAGGGACUUGAUACGGUACCUCCGUGACACAGAAAGCUACGACCUUCAGCGGUUAGCCCUUACAACAGCUCCAACACUCAUCCGCCGAAAAGCCGAGUACGGAACAGAGGUCAAAGAGCACUCUGACGAGCUCGCUGGUCUCUUGAUCGGCCUAAGCGACAAGUUCGAGAUGGAAGACUUCGACGACCUCCGACUCCAGGGAAUGAUCGCUCUGGUCAUCGCCCAGCCAAAGGUCAUGGCCCCUUGGUUCGCCAAAACAUUCUUUGAUGGCGAUUACUCCAUCUCCCAACGAGCCUCUGUUCUGAUCGUCUUGGGUUUAACCUCGAGAGAACUGACCGGCUUCGAAACAUCUACUUACUCGGCCGCCUCCGCCUUCCCGUCCAAGACCCUACCCGAAAAAGUCGAGAAGCUUUACCUACCCCAAUCCACCUCUAUUUAUCAACCCUCUUCGUCAUCCACUCUUGAACCCCUCCCCCCAAACGCCCUAGAUGGCAUAGCCACUUCCAUAGCCGACGCCUUCCUCGCACCAAUGGCCGCAGAAGCAGCCGACAAUGCCACCGGUCCCAACGCCCUGAAGUUGUCCACUUUUACAGAGCGCUUGAACAACCCCGAGAAAGUCCGUUACAUAACCAAAACCAAGCCCCGAAUCCGAAGCAUCCCCAACCUUACCGCCGGUGUGUUAUCAACAUACUUCUUUUCCCCUCUCAUCUCCCGCUUCCAAGCGGCUUUACACUCGUCCUCGUCACGAACAAGGGGGAUAUUAUUCAACCCUUACCUUUUGUCGCUCUACCUCAAGACGUUGGCGUUGAUUAUCCACGCUUCUGGACCUAGUACGCUGUCGUUGCCGCAGAUGACGGGGGAGUUUUGGAGGUUGUUGUUGAAUACGAGUGUGAGGGCACAGGCGGUGGGGGAUUUGCAGUUGACGGGGGCGGUGCUGUUUGGGUUUAUGGCGUUGCUGGAUGUGAAUGAGGAUCGGAUGAGGGAGGUGUGCAGGGAGAUGGGGAGGGAGGUGGUGGAGGCGCAGGAUUGGGUUGGGGGGGUGUUUGCGGGUUUGAGGGGGGGGGAUGAAGGGGGGGAGGAGGAGAGGGUGAGGAUGUUGGCUGCGGGGGUGCUGGUUAGGUUGGGGGAGGCGGUGGAGAGGUGGAGGUUGGUUUUGGUGGGGGAUAUGAUUGGGUUUUAG